CGUUAGUGGCCGCCAUGUGUUGAUAGUCCGCUGUGUUGUUACGGAAGAAAUGCUGAGUUCGUGUUUUCUAUGAAGUUGUGUGACAAGGAAACGUUCUUUGGUAUAUGUUUGGCCGCUCGUCUUCGAAUGAAGGUCCCAUCUACGCAGUCUCGUAGAGCUUUGCUUCUCUUGAGGAACACGUGGUAUGCAGCUGCCUUUGCCACCACCAUCCUGAUCACCAUGGUCACUGCGAAGUACCACGGACAUCGGCUGAGGGGGCUCCGCCACGGCCAGCAGGGAGGAGAGAUUUCUGAAGCGGACUUAGAGCUCACAGCACAGGAGGAACUGUGGUCAUUGUCCGACUGGAUGAUGGAUCAGGGUUCUGACAUUGCAGUAUGGAGGCCCAAUGGAGGAGAACACCCGUUGUGUCCACCCAGAAAUCUGCAUCACAUUGAUCCUGCACUCUGUGAUUAUCCUGCCUGUAAUGAGGACAUUGAUUGUGCUUCUGAAACCGAUGCCGAGGCAUCUGGAGCAGGAGACAACGAAACAAGCAGCUACGCAUGCUGCUACAAUGGUUGUGUCAACACGUGCUCCAAAAAGCUGGACCCACCCAUAGCAUUUGAUUGGCUGGAGGAGUUCCGUGCAAAUGAGGGCAGAAGAGAUGAAUUGUCCGGUGUGAGGGAGGGAGCAUCAGAGGAGCUGCUGCAAUUACAUGCACGUGCAUUCCCAGAAGUAAUUGCACUCCCAGGGGGCUGUGUUAUCACAGCUACCCAAUACAAGGAACUUGAGGAAUUCCGUAAGAAUGCUCAUGUCAACAAGUGCUUUUGUGAUAAGGGUGGAGUUUCAUGCGAGGUAUCCCAAGUGAACCUGUCAGAAAGGUGAAAUCACACAUGCAUCUGCCAGAAACAUUGCCAUUUUCUAGUCUGGAUUGAGACUGCCAACAUCGAACACUGCCAGAUGGACUGCUUGUGGACCAUAAACUGACUCUUCUUCAUUCCCAGCUUAUGUUUAUAUCCAGUGUUUUUCCAUGGUUAUAUAUUGACAGAAUUUUGUUGCAGAAACAUUUUUACUGCUGAUAGUGAAUGAGCCUAUGUGUUCUUCGAAUCACAUGAAGAAUGUUUAAGAAGGUUAUAUCUGGCCCUCAUUAUAUUUAAUCUAAAAAAACAUUUAAUAUAUUGUAUUUUGUGUCCAAAGUCUGUCGUAAAAGUCCAAGUUCAUUUUGGCCCAUACAGAUGGACUAUAUAUACCACUUUUCAAAUAAGUAGUUUCUGUAUCCUCAAAUCACAUCAUCAGUAUUCUCCAAAACUUCUCAUUAAACGAGAUGAGCCAGGGUCUGCCUAUGACUGUAUGACUUGUAUUUAAAAAGUUUUGAUAUGAUGUACUUCUCAAUGAAAUAUAGCAAUCUGUUACAAGCCACGGCUUUCUAGUAUUCAUGAUUUUGUAUUUGUAUCCAGCUGUGCCACCUUUGGUGACUAGUUUUAUGUGUUCAUUGUACUUAAUUUAUGUAUGCAGGGGAGAAACUGAGGUCACAUUUGAUUGGGCUGGGGGCCAUAAUGGUGUCCAAACUCAGUUUUCAGGUUACAGUGAUAUAUUUUCUUGUGACACUUCA